UAUCGUUAAUUUUUGGCGUAUUUGCUUAUUUCAGUUCUUCAAACAUGUUGGCUGUUCUAUGUAUCACCAACUUUGCUAAAUAUAUUUUUCAUGGAGAAUAUUCAGAUUCAACGUGUCCCGGGGAUUCCACAUUAUUCAUAGAUUUCUUCGGAAGCAAUAGCAAGUGUAUGCUCAAGUGUUCAAAUACUCCAUUGUGUUAUGGUGUAUUUAUUGAGCUUGGGCUCUGCGUUGGUUGCAGUGAACGAUUUAUCGCAAAAGAUAACUAUAGUUUUCCUGGAUUUUUCAAUUUGUAUUUCAGGCGUCAAACGUAUAUUAAAGUAGAAGAAAGAAUGGAUUGGGACGAAUCGAAGAGACAUUGUGAAGGCCUUGGUGGAUAUUUGGCAGAUAUAAAAUCAAUGGAGGAGGAGAUGUAUAUAGUUGACCACUUUCCACCAAGCGAUCGGGAAGAAAUAUGGAUCGGAUCAACAGAUUUAGAAAAUGAAGACAUCUUUCUAUGGACGGAUGGAUCUAAAUUGGCCGAUUACUACACUAACUGGGCAGAAAAUGAGCCGGAUGAAGUACAGAAUGACCAUUGUGUUACCAUAUCAAAUCGUGAUAUGAAAAUUGGAUGGCGCGAUUCGUAUUGUGGUUCAUCCUUUGCCAGCCUAUGCGAGUUUGAAUGAGUUU